AUGGGAAAUGCCUCCGAAACAUUUCUGCUCGUAUCCAGAAUAUCAAAAGAAAAUGACUUCCUCAUGGGAACUAUCUACAUCAUUUUUGGUGUGCUGUCGAUACUGGGGAACGGGAUCCUGCUGUUCGUGGCCUACAGGAAGAAGUCCUCCCUGAAGCCCGCAGAGUUCUUCGUGGUCAACCUGGCCAUCAGUGACCUGGGCAUGACCAUAACCCUGUUCCCUCUGGCCAUCCCAUCAGCCUUCACUCACAUGUGGCUGUUUAAUCAGACGACCUGUACCGUCUACGCCUUCUGUGGCGUUUUGUUCGGCCUUUGCAGUCUGACCAACCUCACGGUGCUCUCCUGCGUCUGCUGGCUCAAGGUCUGCUGCCCGAACUACGGUAACAAGUUCUCCUUCUGCCACGCCUGCAUGCUGGUCGCUGGGGUCUGGUGCUACGCUGGAGUUUUUGCCGUUGGGCCCCUGACGGGAUGGGGAGAAUACGGUGCCGAACCGUACGGGACGGCGUGCUGCAUCAACUGGGAGGCCCCGAGCCAGGACUCUGCAGCCAUGAGCUACAUCGUCUGCCUCUUCUUCUUCUGCUACAUCGUGCCCUGCACCGUCAUCUUCCUGUCCUACACCUUCAUCCUGCUGACCGUCCGGGGCUCCCGCCAGGCUGUGCAGCAGCACAUGUCCCCGCAGAACAAGAUCACCAAUGCACACACGCUUAUCAUUAAGCUCUCCGUCGCUGUUUGCAUCGGUUUCCUGACAGCAUGGAGUCCAUAUGCGAUUGUCUCCAUGUGGGCAGCGUUUGGUAACCCAACAGCUGUACCGCCCAUGGCUUUUGCUCUGGCAGCUAUCUUUGCCAAGUCAUCCACCCUUUACAACCCGAUUGUCUAUCUGGUCUUCAAGCCCAACUUCCGCAAGUCCCUUUGUCGGGAUGUUGCCCUGUGCAGGACGACAAUCUGUGGAUGUCUGUGUCCGCACAGCUCAGCACAGAAGGGAACUUGCAGGCAACCCCAUCACAAAGAAGAGUGCAACUCCACAAGGCUGUCAAACGGGCUACCGGAGAACCACAAUGCCUGCAGACACUGUCCCUGCCCUGAAAGGGUAACUGGUACCAGAGAGAACUUUACAGAAACCAGCCCCCAGCAGACCGCCAGGAUACUUAAAGGAUCUUUAAACAGUGAGGUGGCUGUCAGUCGGCUCUCCAGUGAGUUGCAGAGUGACUUCCUGUAG